AUCACAUAUACAAAGUUGUUUCCUUUAUAACCCGAUCGUAGAUGUUUUUUAGGAUAGUACAGAAAUUCUAACGGCAAAUAUUUUCUUGUGACGAUUUCUUCAGGAAGACAAACACUACCCGGACUCAUUUAAUGCGACACAAGGGAUUAAUGGCUGCAGUCUGUGUGCGGAUCUCCUCUCAUUGUUUACAUUUCCAAACGGUAUGUUCCCUCUGUUUUUGAGGCUGUCAUUGGCAGGGAAUCAAACCUAACCCCGCAAUGAUGACAAAUGUCGCUGAAUCAACGUGACAAGAUCCUUCCCGAGACAGAUUCCAGCCGAGUUGCGGUAAACUAGCCCUGUGUGCUAACUAUCCCAGCUCCAUCUUUACUGUGAUCGCCCGCUGAUACACAGAGAUGGCAAGUUAGUCUUCACCAUAAAGACAUGACUGCGGAGGUAUAGCGUCAGGUGAGCCUCCAGGCCCAGACUACACCUUUCACUCGAGGAAUAUCGCAGGGUGCACAAUGUUUAGUGUAACUCAAAGCUCCAAGUCAGAGUUCCUGGACAAAGCCAGGCAGGCCAGGGAGGAGAGGAGGGGGCAGAAGGAGAAGGAGAGAGCAGCAAUCAACAUCCAAGCCCUGGUCAGGAGAUUUCUCUGUCGCUGCAGACUCCAGAAACAAAUAAGGAAAGAGGUUGAUGAUUAUUUUCAACCCUCUGAACCUGGGACGUCAAAAAGAAAUGCACUCUCAAUUUUCAAAAUUGCUCGGAAAUUACUGUUCAUCUAUUGCCCGGAGGAUAAGAUGAGGUUUGAGAAGCUCUGUCGGGCUAUUCUUGCCAGCAUGGAGGUUGAAAAUGAACCCAAAGUCUGGUACGUGUCCUUGGCUCUCUCCAAAGACCUCACCAUUCCCUGGCUCAAACAGAUCAAAGAUGUGCUGUGGACCUGCUGUCAGUUACUGAAAAAUUUAAAGCCUGACAUCCUUCAAGACAACAAGUUGGUAACGCUGUACCUCACCAUGCUGGUGACCUUCACAGACACUUCGACAUGGCGGAUAGUCAGAGGGAAGGGAGAAGCUCUCAGACCUGCUUUGAUGAGGAUUUGUGAGAAUAUCAUGGGUCAUCUCAAUCAAAAGGGAUUCUAUUCCAUACUGCAGAUCUUGCUGACCAAUGGCUUGGCUCGUUCUAAACCGUCUCUCUCCAAAGGCACUCUAACGGCUAUCUUCACUUUGUCUUUAAGGCCAGUCCUCGCUGCUCACUUCUCUGAUAACCUGCUAAGAUCAUUCCUCAUUCACAUCAUGUCAGUCCCAGCAGUUGUAUCCCACCUCAACGUGCUUACUCCAGAGUGUAUGGCAUCGAUUCAGACUCAUGACCUGCUCCGGAAGUUUAUUCUGUUUCUCAGUCGUGAGGAGCAGUGUUUAGAUAUCUGCGUGUGUCUUGAGGGAAGCCACACACUGUGCUUACUUGGCAACCUGAUUCAAUUGGGCUACCUUAAUGAGAAAGUCCUAGAAGAGGAGGCCAAUCAUUUUGUGAAGGACCUGACUGACAUGCUGUCUUAUUGCCAGAGAUAUGUAUCCCAAAAGAAGUCCAACCUCACCCACUGGCACCCUGUCCUGGGCUGGUUCUCUCAGACUGUAGACUAUGGUCUGAAUGAGUCAAUGCCGCUGGUCACUAAACAACUUCAGUACCUGUGGGGUGUUUCCAUCAUUCGGACGCUCUUCAGUGACGUCCUCUCUAAGAAGCUGGAGAGUCAGGAGCCGACUCCCUCACCCCCACAACCCAGCACAUCCCAAAACAAUCUACCAGUUAAAAACCUCUUCAAGCGAGCGUUUCAGAAGUCUGCUUCUGUACGUAACAUCUUAAAGCCAGUUGGGGGAAAGAGAGUUGACUCAGCUGAGGUUCAGAAGGUGUGCAGCAUCUGUGUGCUUUACCAGAGCGCUCUGUCUACACUGACACAAAUACGACUCCAGAUACUGACCGGUCUGACACAUCUGGAUGACCUCCUGCCUAAGCUGUGGGCCUUUAUCUGUGAGCUCGGUCCUCAGGGAGGCCUCAAACUUUUCAUGGAGUGUCUCAACAACGACACCGAAGAGUCCAAACAGCUCCUGGCUAUGCUCAUGCUCUUCUGUGACUGUUCACGGCACCUCAUCACAAUUCUGGAUGACAUUGAAGUGUAUGAAGAGCAGACGUCUUUCAAAAUAGAGGAGCUCCUCACUAUCUCCUCGUUCCUGAACACAUUUGUGUUCAAAAUGAUAUGGGAUGGCAUCUUAGAAAAUGCAAAGGGAGAGAAACUGGAGUUAUUCCACAGCGUUCAUGGCUGGCUGAUGGUGCUUUACGAACGGGACUGCAGGCGAAAAUUCACCCCUGAUGACCACUGGUUACGCAAGGACCUGAAGCCCAGCUUGUUGUUUCAAGAACUGGAGAAAGGCAAGAAAAGAGCCCAGCUAUUACUGCAGUACAUCCCGCAUGUCAUUCCACAUAAAAACAGGGUGCUGCUGUUCAGGAACAUUGUCACUAAGGAGAAAGAGAAUCUAGGAUUGGUAGAAACGAGCUCUGCCUCGCCACACGUCACCCAUAUUACCAUCCGUCGCUCACGGAUGUUAGAGGAUGGAUAUGACCAGCUGCGGCGCUUACCAGUGAAUUCUAUAAAAGGUGUCAUUCGUGUCAAGUUUGUUAACGACCUGGGAGUGGACGAGGCCGGUAUUGAUCAGGAUGGUGUCUUUAAAGAGUUUUUGGAGGAGAUCAUUAAGAAAGUGUUCAAUCCUGCUCUCAACCUGUUCAGGACUACAAGUGGAAAUGAAAGGCUGUAUCCUUCACCUACAUCCUACAUCCAUGAGAACCAUUUGCAGCUUUUUGAGUUUGUGGGGAAGAUGCUCGGGAAAGCUAUAUAUGAGGGCAUUGUUGUGGACGUUCCUUUUGCCUCCUUCUUCCUCAGUCAAGUUUUGGGUCACCACCACAGCACUUUCUACAGCUCCAUAGAUGAGCUGCCCUCGCUGGACUCUGAGUUUUACAAAAACCUCACUUCCAUUAAGCGAUAUGAUGGCGAUGUAGGGGAUCUAGGACUGACGUUAUCCUAUGAUGAAGAUGUUAUGGGGCAGCUAGUCUGUCAUGAGUUGAUACCUGGAGGGAAGACCAUGCCUGUCACUAAUGAAAACAAGAUCAGCUACAUCCACCUCAUGGCUCACUUCCGGAUGCACACACAGAUUAAAGAGCAGACUGCAGCUUUCAUCCGGGGCUUCCGCAGCAUCAUCAACCCAGAGUGGUUGCACAUGUUUUCCACACCUGAGGUCCAGCGUCUUGUCUCAGGAGACAAUGCUGAGAUUGACUUAGAUGACCUUAAGAAACACACAGUCUACUAUGGAGGUUUUCACAGCAGCCAUCGUGUCAUAAUCUGGCUGUGGGACAUAUUGUCCAGUGACUUCAAUGCUGAGGAGAGGGCUAUGUUCCUUAAAUUUGUUACCAGCUGCUCAAGGCCUCCUCUUCUAGGUUUCGCCUACCUCAAACCACCUUUCUCCAUCCGUUGUGUGGAAGUUUCAGAUGAUCAGGACACUGGAGACACCCUUGGCAGUGUCCUCAGGGGCUUUUUCACUAUCCGCAAGAAGGAGCCUGGCGGUCGACUUCCCACUUCAUCUACGUGCUUCAACCUGCUCAAGCUGCCCAACUACAGCAAGAAGAGCAUCUUGCGUGACAAGCUGCGCUAUGCUAUCAGUAUGAACACAGGCUUUGAGCUCUCCUAACGUAGUUGCAAAUGGACAAUCUGCACAGGAGGAGCCUCUGUGUAUCUGGACUGCCAUGUCUGAAGGGCAUCAACAAAACAAAGGAGGAACGUACAAACUCUCCUUUUGUCUCUUUUUAAAACUGGAUGCUCUGCUGCAGCCCACUCCCUCACAUCAAAGGGGAUGCUGUUUUUGCAGCACAAUCUAAUUUUUAGCAUCUCUCCUUGGCCACUCCCAAAAUCCAAUAUGUUAUGUAUUUAACUUGAUGAAAUACAGAUGCACAGUGGCUAGAUCUCUGUUUCUCAGGCUUAACAGAAUCAUUCUUGGAUCUAACACUCCCGUUUUAAGUGAACUGGAAAGCAAUACAGAUGCAAUGCAAGCCAUUAGACACGUGGGUUGACUCACUCGAGUGAAACCAAGCGAUGCGUUGUUAAUUUACUUUCAAGCUUGGACUCCAUUAUCCAAGCAACUUUCAGCUGAUAUUGGAUGGGUCUUAAAAUGUUUUGCUGAACAUAAUGCAUCUUUUCUAAAUGGAAGACAAAUCAAUGUCUUGUGUGUUCAGCCUCCAUGAAGGAGGUGUUGAUUACAUUAUGUCCCAUUUCGAGAAGAAUCCUGUCAACUUCUUUCCAUUUAAAGACACUGCAGUCACCCGAGAGACAACGUUGACCCUUCUGUUUUUUAUGGUAUAUGUGAAACAUUUAAGCUCUGCCUCACAUGUAGUGAAGCAGCAAAGAAUUUUUUGACGCGAAAAAAAAAAAAUCUGGUCAUGCUGUUGUUUGAUCUAGAAAAGAUGUCAUUGCUCUAGCAUCUUUUACCUUUUGAGGAACUGGAAAUGUUUUGUCACUACUUGUGUCUGCACAGUGGAGCAGACAUGGGAAUUCAUGUCACAAGUCUGUGUUUGACCUCCAUUUCUAAAAAAACAAAACAAAAAAUUGAAGAGUAAAUUCAAUCAAUGAUGUUAAUCUUUGUAUUUAAUACUAGUAAAACUCUCACU